AUGAACACCUCAUCCAUGGCCAUGGAGAUUGACGCACCGACUGGAAAGCGGUCGCGAUCCCGAUCGCCUGACAAGGCAGAACUCACCAGGAAGAAGACGGCCAGAGAGGAGACUGUCAAGGCGCCGCCAAUUCUGUUGACGACAGAGAUGAUGAUGGACAAGAGCCCCGACCGGCCUGCGACGCCGAGCGGGGGCAGGCCGCGGUCAAACGCUCUGAGGGACUGGACGCCCGUACCAUCACCAACUCGUCUGCAAUCUGCGACAUCUGACUGCACAAAGCCCAUCAUGGCUGGGCUCUGA